UCUUAAAAGAAAAUCACAUAUAACCAUUCGAAAACCAAAAACAAAGGAAAGAAGGUUGCUGCUGGCGAGAGAAGGCAGGCCUGAAGAACUAACUACGUUGAUCCAUGUCUUCAACUCCGAAGAAGCGAACGAAAGUCAAGCGUAACCCGAAUUCUGAUGUCGGUUCUGGUUCUGGUUCUGGCGUCGAUUCCUCUGUUUCAUCUUCUUCGUUGUUGCUGAAGUCUAUCAAGGAACCGCCUCGCGAUUUCUUCCCCUCGAAGGAUGAUCUUGCUGCGCUCAUUACUGUACUUAUCAUCGCCUGCUUUGUUUUUGUGAGCUGUAACUUCUUCGUAUCUAGACUUUCAAGUCGCCAUCCCAUCCCUUUCUGUGACACCGACGCUGAUUCUUCGGAUUUUAUUUCUGAUGUUUGUGAGCCUUGUCCAAGGCAUGGAGAAUGCCGUGAUGGUAAGUUGGAAUGCCUUCAUGGUUAUAGAAAGCAUGGAAGAUUGUGUAUAGAAGAUGGAGUAAUCAAUGAAGCAGUUAAUAAACUUUCAGAAUGGCUAGAAUCUCACCUCUGUGAAGCAAAUGCUAAGUUCUUAUGCGAUGGAAUUGGGAUAGUUUGGGUUAAAGAGAAUGAUAUAUGGGAUGAUCUAGAUGGUAAAGAGCUGGUGGAAAGUAUUGGCUCUGACAACACUACCCUUAUGUAUGCAAAGAGCAAGGCCUUGGAAACUAUUGGUGGAUUACUUCAAACACGACAAAAUUCUCUCGGGAUCAAGGAAUUGAAAUGCCCAGAUCUGCUAGCUGAAAGUUACAAGCCUUUUACUUGCCGUAUUCGUCACUGGGUUUUGCAGCAUGCUUUUGUUGUUUUGCCAGUUUUCUUACUGCUUGUGGGAUGCACAUGGUUACUAUGGAAACUUUACCGAAGACAAUACCUAACAAAUAGAGCUGAAGAUCUGUACAACCAGGUUUGCGAAAUACUUGAGGAAAAUGCUUUAACGUCAACUAGAAACAGCGGUCAAUGUGAAUCAUGGGUUGUUGCUUCUAGGUUACGUGACCAUCUUCUUUUGCCACGAGAGAGGAGGAAUCCUUUGUUAUGGAAGAAGGUAGAAGAGUUGGUUCAGGAAGAUUCACGAAUAGAUCGUUACCCAAGACUAGUGAAGGGUGAUGGAAAAGAAGUAUGGGAAUGGCAAGUGGAAGGCUCUUUGAGCUCUUCAAUGAAAAAGAAACUGGCCAGCAAAUCCAAUUCCGCCAGCAAAUCCAAUUUCUGGAAGGCAAUAGGAGUAAAUCCUGACCCAAUGUAUCAUAAAAUAGAAAACAACCCAAAGGCAGUAGUUUUAUGACAUGGAGCUCGUUCAGGUACAUGUUAAGAGACGGAAUAGAAGCUUAAUAGGAAAAAGAAUCAUCAGAACAGGUAACAAGUUUAGCAAUCAAUAUUCAAAGUCCAUAAUUAUUAUGCUUUUGCUGUGUUGUAUGGCUGCCAUGAAUUAAUUGAGCGAAGUAUUUGUUUAAGGGCGUGUAAACUACUUCCAUGGCGGCAAAUUUGUAGGGUAGAAGGUACUGUAAUGUAUCAUUAUUCCCUUUUGCUUCUCUCAGGAGGACCAUUUUGCCCCACCCACCUUGAGAAAGGCCAUUUUUGAGAACUUUGUUUGGGUGUGCGGUUCAAAAGUUGUUUCUAAAGAACUGUCUUUUUGUGAAUUAAUAUUUUGAAAGGAGACAAUCAAUCUGUAUUCUUAAACUUUGGAGAUUGUAUUACUCAAUACAUCAAACCAAUAGUUCUAUUUGGAAUAA